AGGUCGCGAUUCGGGUUACGCUGAUGGGCCUGCUGAAUGCGUUUGCGAAGGAAGGGUGGAGGGUUAUUCCUGCUGGGGGGAGGGUAGGAAGGAUGGGUGAUUAUGGAGCUUUUGGGCAGAAGGACAGUUUAAUCUUCCACUACCAAGAGCCGCGCGCGUACUCGUGGCUCUGCAUCUCGUUCGACUCGGCGGACCUGCUGCACCUGAUUAAUGCGCCGACAGAGCUGGCCACCGCGCUGAUAGGGUACUUUGGCGAUAAACUGGAGCAAUGCAACAAGGACCUGGUAUCGGGGAACUUCGAGCUCAAGUUUAAAGGGAAGCCGUGGAACAAAACAAGUGCGAAAGGAGGCGUACAGAGCCGUCUGCUCAUUCUCGAUCUGAUGCAGUGUCUCGAGGAGCAGAGUUAUACGAUGUGCACGACGUUUGAUAUUGACGGCGGCAGCGGGGGGAGUACGUAUCAGAGUUAUGGGGAGUUGUGGUUCUGGUAUCGAUGAUUUCGUGAUAUUAUAAUUAUUGCUUUUAUGACGCCUGAUACCUAAUGCAACAAUUCAUCAAUCAAUUCAUGCUAAAACAACCCCUUCUUAUCCCUAAACUUCCUCAACAGAAACCACAAUCCCAACAACUGCACAGCACCCGAGAACAUCAGCACCCCGCAGAAGAGCUGCACAUUAAGAAAAGUCAGGUCGUCAGAGCCCGACGAGCCCAAUGCCGCCAGCGCGCCCGCAAUCGGAGCCCCGAUCAACGUCGCAAAACUACUCACGCUCUGCGCCAUCCCGAGCCAGGAACCCAGCGCUGUUGGGUCUGGACAGACAUGCGGGAAGACACUCGGGGGGAGGGGGACGAGGGCGCCAGAUAUGCCGCC